GAAUCAACAACGAAUUCACCAUGCUAUUUAAUUCCCAUGCCAAGAGGACUUGAAGAGCAUGAGAGUUCAUCAUUAACCUUAAGUGGGUCCUGUUGCUGCCACGUGGGCAUGGCAUGGCCACUCUUUCUAUUUUCACAUAUUUUUUCUUGCGAGCAGUCAGUUACACUACCCUACAAAAGUCGGUAAUUUGUUAGGCUACCAUACAAAAAUUGGUGAUUAGUUACACUGCCCUACAAAACUCUGCUCGCUUAGACUCGAAGUAAGAGAGAAAUCUAUGUGUUGAUGAAAGUAUAUAACAAGCCCCCUCCCUCCUGUACAUCCAGCUAUUAUACAAUUCGUCUUGAAGGUCUUAAAUCUGUCAUACCAUCCUCUUAGUCCUCCAUAAGAAAUCUCAUGGAUCUCUCCAUGAAAGUCUUUGUGGUCGUCCUCCUACUUCUUGUGGCUAUUGAGGACCAGGGACCAGUGCAAGUAGCUUUGGCGAGGGACUGCAAGUCACAGAGCUACAAGUUCAAGGGGAUGUGCGUGCGCAAUGACAAUUGUGCAAGUGUUUGCCUGACCGAGGGUUUCCCCAGAGGCAAGUGCAAGGGCUUUGCAUGUUCCUGCUACAAGGAUUGCUAGAUGGCCCUGAUUUGUCUAUUGCGUACAUGCUUUUGUGUAAUAAAAAUUGAAUAAAUAAUAGUAGAUCUAUAUCCA